AUGGACGUCGUUGAACUAACGCCGCGAGGUCCGAAAGCUCCGCCAAUCACUGCUAGCAUAAAGAAGGCAGAUGUAAAGGAGAGACUACAAACUGCUGCGGCUUUGGAUAUACAAGAGCAGAAAUAUAUUAUAAUGAAUACGCUAGAAUGCGAAUCAGAACUCGUUGCACUGAUUCCCGCUAGUGACAGGCGACUAAAUCCAAGGAGGACAUGGCUAUGGGUUCUUGGCACUUUCACGGUCUGCCUUCUUGUCAGCGUUCUGAUAUUGUUCUUCUUGGUACCUCGUGGGAUAAAUGUUUCCAGCAACAAUCCGCCGGUCGUCAACGUUUCAGUUGUAAACUAUCAGCCUGGCUUGGCGUUGUACAUUCAAUUUCUGACAUCGGUGAACGUGUCAAAUGAAAACUUUUUUGGAGUCGAUAUGGUCAACGGCACGUGUAGCGUGACGAAAGUUAUGUUUCCAGACCGCAACGAGGUCGUUGGCCGAGGCUUCAACCGCUCCAUCGUUAGCAUUCCGAUGCAGUCAUCCGCCUACGAAAUACGGUUCAACAACACUGUAAAAAUUACCGAUUGGACCUUAACUGUCUGUGAAUUGCCUUUUGGUUUCGUGCGGCUCUUUUUCCAGUUUACGUUGACCUUCAGGUAUCUGUUCAGUCACACAGAACAGGCAUCAGCAGAGUCUGCACAACUUGUGUGCUGUUCGCCCACUGGUUACUGUUGA